AAGUCAUAUUGUAAACAGCGGCAAUAUCACUUUUGGUGCUACAUAUUUUUGGGGAUGGGAGCUAAUGUUGUUGACGAGAAACAACCGUUUUUGGAUAAAGAGGAUUCUGCACAUAAGAGCACAAUAAAAUCAGAGCCAUGGUAUAAAAAGGAGGUAUGGAGCAGUGAUGAGAAAACGAAGUAUCUUAUGGGAAGAACUUUGUGCGGUUGGAUUAAAUUUUGGCUGCACUACUUCAUUCUCUAUUUGUGCUUGUUUAUCAUUAUGACUGGUUUGUUGAUAAUAAUAACUCAACUUAUAAUAAGUAAUGAUCAACCUUACAUAACCGGUUUGGACAGCCCACUUGCUCUCUCACCAGGCCUUGGAAUAAGACCGAGAAAUAACUUUAUGACAACAUUAAUUGCUUAUGCAGCCUCUGAUCCACAAACUUAUAUGCCAUUUGUACAGGAUAUACGGACGUUUCUUUACUUUUAUGAGGAGGUGAACAUACAGCCACAAGAUGGUUUCGCCACAUGUGAUAAAAUCAAGUCACCAGACGACAUCGAUUUAGUGUGUAAAUUUUAUCCAGUUGAUCUUGGCGUUUGCGUGAAAGAGAAUAAUUUUGGAUAUGACAGAAGUCAACCGUGUGUCAUACUAAAAAUUAAUAAGGUAUAUGGUUGGCUACCUGAUAUUGUGAAUAAAAGCUUGUCGAAUAAUCCUCUUGUCCGUUGUAGAGGUCAAAAUCCUCAAGAUUUAGAAAAUUUUGGUGAAGUGCUCUAUUUCCCUAAUAUUACGGUGGAUGGUAUCACUUAUGGUUACUUCAAUCACCUAUACUUCCCAUAUCUCGUGCAAGUAGCCUAUCGUUCACCGCUUGUUGCUGUACAAUUCGCUCGGCCAAAACGACAUGUUCUGCUAAUGGUACGCUGUGAAUUAUUCAAUAUCCGUAGUCCUGGUGAUCCAAUGGAUUUUGAAAUAUUAGUAGAUUAAAAAAAAAGAGAAUAAAAAAAAUUUGAGACCAGCUGAAAUCAUUAAUAACUGGCCGACUUAUCCAUCUGUUGCUUUUUGUCUAUCUGUCUGUUUCCGUCGUCUUUUCAUAUACAUAUCGUGUACUAUGAAACUGUAUUUCUAUUGAGAAAGAACAAAUGAAUUGUUUCUUCCUUUUUCUUUGCUGAUUUAUAUGAGUGUUUUACAUGAUCCUUGUUUUAUUUUUCUUAGGAGGUAAAGUGAGGGAAAGAAACUUGUUCGGUCAUUUAGAUGUAAAACAGGAUUUUUACAUUUUACAGCAUAUUUUUGUUUUUAUUAUUUUGUACAGCAGAAUAAAAUUUUUUUUCAAAAUAA